AUGAUGAUGUUCUUGCAGGUGUAUUUCAUUACAUUUGCUCUAGUGGCAAUAGUGGCAGCGGAUGCUGAAGUGCAAGAGCCUUCCGUACAUUUGCAGCCUCCGAAUGACAGUCAGCAGGACUUUAACGCUCCCUGGACCGAGCAGCAUACCUGGCAACCGGUCGCCGAUCCAGAGCAGCCAAUUAACGUAGCUCAGACUGGUACCUACGACAAUCAGUAUGAAGGAUACAGCAAACAGUACCCGGAACAGAGCCAACAAUUCCACGACCACAACAGCCUUGAUAACGUUCCAUCCUCGGUGGCAGUUCAGGUCAAUCACCCACACUGUGCAACCUCGUUCUCCAACGUGAACCGCUUUGAUACACAGUGGCCACACAGCAACUCCGUUGCUUCGCCAGCCGUCGCCAUCGAUUACCACACCGAACAGCCUCAGCCACCCGUGGUUGACUACAGCAACAAUGUAGUCCAUUCGAAUUCAUGGAGCGGCAACACCGACAAUGCGGGCAAUCAUCAUUAUGCUGCUGUGUAUCAACACCAGCAGCACCAGACUUAUGGACAUUCCAAUGGAUACGGUCAGUAUGAUAGUGUCAGUUUUAAGAGCCAUCAACCUGUCGCCAAGUACAUUGCCAUCACUCCCGGUUCUGUCCAUAUUGCUCCACUGCCGGGUCACACCGUCUCACAGAAGGUUCUGAACCUGGACAAGGCUGGUAGCUGGUGA